CAACAUAGAAGCGUUUGAAGUCUCCUUCAAAACAUCAACAGGUUCUAUAAGAGUAGGAGAGUGCCGACUCAUACUUUCCAAUUUGUCGGUUAGCGAACACAUCCCAGGCAAAUUCAGAAUUUGUUUCAGGUUGGAAACAUGGACGCGUUGUCAUCCAUCCAAAGCGUGCAGGCGCUUUCUGCUUUGCUCUCUCCGCCAGCAGAGGAGACUGACGACGAGGACUACGAGAAUAUGAAGCCGAUGGCGAGAAUGGGCCCGAGCCAUAUCGGCGCUACUCCCUCUACCAGGGGAAAAGCGCAGGAAACAGUCAGUAGUGCCUACAUAAAGGAGCACAACAAAGACAUCUGGGAUGUGGAGGAGGUGAAUGAAGGGACGCACUUUGAUGACCUCACUGAUUGUCGCCCUCAGCCUGAGUAUGAGAUUGUUCUGAAGCAGAGGGUGGGUACUGAGGAUCUGUUUCUGGGUCUGAGCAGGAAGGAUCCGUCCUCCAUGUGCUGUGAGAGCAUGCUGGUGAAGGUGAAACUGUCAGACACUAAAGCUGCAGAUAUAGUGCUGGAUGUGAAGGAGACUUUUCUGGAUCUCAGAACACCAAAGUAUAAACUAGGUCUUCAUCUGCCUCACCCGGUACACAGUGAGGAGGGGACGGCUCGCUUCAUUUCAGAGCGCGCUGAGCUCGAGGUCACGCUGCCCAUGAACAGAGCCCUGGACUGCAUCAACCUGGCCUGAACGGAGAGGAGCCGGAACACACGGAGCCGCUCCAGCGUCUGGACAACUACUGCCUCGUCCACCACAACAGCGAAAGAGAAAGCAUGUCAGGGAACAGAAACUCUUCCAUAGCGCCUUUAUCUUUAGGCGCGUAGUGUGUGCUAUUUUGUUUUUAAAUAAAAGUACAAUCGAAUGCU